AUGGCAUCUCGACGACGGAUAAUUGAGUUGACUACAAUAAAAAGAAAAAUAGAAGCUCGAUUCUUUGAAAAGAAAGUUAGCCCUGGUCGUCCAGUUGAACAAUUUAUUGCUGAAUUAGAUGUUCUUCUCCAAAAUUUGCAUGAUACUCCAAUAACAAAUAAAAAUAAAAAUAAAAAUAAUAAUAAUAAAAAUAAAGAUAAAAAUAUAAAUAAAAAUAUAAAUAUAAAUAUAAAUAAAAAUAAAAAUAUUAAUGAAAAAAAUAUUAGUGAAAUAAUUAAUAGUCAAGCAAGUCAAUCUCAAGUUAAUUAUUUAUCGAAAAAUAGAAAAAAGAAAAAUUAUAGUCGAUUAAUUAAAAGAUUAAAACAUAAAUUUAGAUUAUCAAAUAUAAUAUUAAGAAAAUCAGAUAAAUCGAAAGUAUUCCAUUUAGGUAAAUUAGAAGAUUAUCGUAAAAAAUCAGAUGAAUAUAUGGACAAAACCCAAGCGUAUAAAUGUCUUGGAAAAGAAGAUAGAUUACCUGAUUUAAUUAAACGAACAAAUAAAUAUUUAUUAGAUUUAAGAUUAGCGAAAUGGAUUACUCAAAAACAAUAUGAAAAAUUAUCUAUUAAACCAAAUGAAGUUGAACUUGCUCAUUUAUAUUAUUUACCAAAAGCUCAUAAAGCUGGUACUCCUCUUCGUCCAAUAAUUAGUGGCCUCAAACAUCCUACAAUUAAAAUAUCGAAAUUUCUUGAUGAUUUAUUAAGACCUUUAUUUGAUAAAAUGGCUAUAGAGUCAACAGUGAUUUCUGGUUAUGAACUAGUUAAACAAUUACAAGUAUGGUCAGAAUCAAAUAUAAAUCAGGAAACUUUAUUUUGUACAAUUGAUGUAGUUGAUUUAUAUACAAUGAUUCCACAAAUAGAAGGAGUAUUAUCAUUAAAGAAGAUGUUAGACUACUUAAAUUUAAAACAAAUUGGUGGUCUUAAAAUUGAAACAAUAGUUAGAUUAAGUCGAUUUGUUAUGCAAAAUAAUUAUUUUUCCUAUGAUGGUCAAUAUUAUCAUCAAAUAAGAGGAGGAGCAAUGGGUUCUCCUCUUACUUUAACUAUUUCUAAUUGUUAUAUGUUUUUCUUUGAAAGACAAAUAAAUAAACAAAUAAAAAAUAGUAAUGGUUUAUAUUUCCGUUAUAUUGAUGAUAUAUUUCUUGCAAUUAACUGGCCAGCUAGACAUUUAUUGAAACAAAUCGACAGAUGGAAUAAAUUUAAUGAAAAUAUUAAAUUAAUAGCAAAUAUAGGUUCUAUAACUAAUUUUCUUGAUUUAUAUAUAGAAAAUCAAGAUGGAACUCUAUUUACUAAAGUAUAUCAAAAGCCAUCUUAUGAACCGUAUUAUUUGCCAUUUAAUAGUAUCCAUCCGUUACAUAUGAAACAAAAUAUACCAUUUGCUAUGCUAUUACGUGCAAUUAGAUAUUGUUCAACAUUUCAAUCAUAUAUAAAUGAACGAGAAAAAUUAAGAAUAAUUUUAUUAUUAAAUAAAUAUCCAAACAAAAUUAUUGAAAAACAAUUUAAAAAUGUCUUUUUAAAAUAUAAUAUUGAUCAACCAUUAAAUUUUCAUAAUUAUAAUGCAUAUCGUCAAAAAAUUAUUGAUUCUUCUAAAAAAGAAAAGAUUCCAAUUAAUUAUGAAAAAAUUAUAUUUAUUCAUUUUACAUACUGUUUAAAUAUGAAAACAUUUCCAGCCAAGUUUCAUAAUCUUUGGGAUAAAUACUUUGGUGAAUCUCCCAUUAAUGAAGUUUUUCCAAUUCUUGGCACACGAAACGUUGAUAAUAUUCAAAGACGUCUAAUAAAUACAAAAUCAAUUUUUCAAUAA